CUCGGUGCCGAAAAUGAGCAAUUACUCAAGAAGCUGAAAAAGCUACAAACAAAAAAUAAGGAGCUGGAAAAGGAUUUGGCUCAGAUUCAGGAAGAAGGGCGGCAGCAGCGGUUAGCGCGUGGUUAUGUCACCAACAGAGAACUACUACAGAUGUAUAAUAAUCUACGGAAACGGUAUGUUAAGGAAAUCAAAACAAUCCAGGAACAAAAUGAAACAAUUACAAACCUUACUGUAAGUAGAAUUAGUAGGAGGUGGUAUCAAAUAGGCAAACAUAAGCUUUUUGGUAGACUGAAAAAUCAUUCUUAGGUUUGCAAAAUGGGACAGUGUUUUUCUUCUUGUACUCAUUUUUGCUCCUGUUUCCCAUACCAUUGGGGUAAUGGGAAUUAGUCUUCACAUGCAGUUUGAAGGUGAACCGUGUCACUGGUAUGUCUGUAACUUGCUCUCCUCUUUCCUUGCUUGUUUCUUUACUCAUCUGUCUGCCCCUCCUACCAACUGUAUAUUCAUUUUCUCUCUCUUGCCAUCAGCUGUGAUAAUUUUCUGUAUGUGUUGUGAGCUGAUUUAUUUCAGGAACCCAGCAGCAAGCUAACCAAAAAAGGCAAGUAUUUUUCAGACAGCAAGAUCUGCUGGCUUGCUGUACAAUGAGAGUAGCGUAACGGAAGCAAAGGUUGGGUUGUGUGGUUGGGAGUGGCCCAAGAAGCUGCUUCAAGUGGGUUUUGCCUCUUCAGCCAUUUAGUAGCAUUAUGGCCGGCCAGUAUAAUAAAUUUUCUUCUAGGAGUUUGUGAACAUGUGCUUUCUUUGCAUUUUGAAUAUCUGUUAUGACUGGAUUACAUCUGCUUUUCUUAAAAGCUGGGAAUUGCUGCCGUGAGCGUAUUGUGGGGAAAAGUUUAGUAUCUUUGUGCGUGACCAAUUCUGCUUUGUUGGCUGUGUGCUCAGUUACAGAUUUCUUCAAAACACUUCUGAGAUGUAUGAAUCUUCAGUUGCUGCAUUUUUCUUCCUCUUUCAGACACUUCUAGAUGAAAAUACCUUUAAUUGAGCUAUUGAAGGCAUUCAGGAUACGUUUCCAUUUGUACUCAGUUGAGCUAUGUUUCUGCUACGCAAUUUAAAAUCAAUUUUGGUUUCUUGACAGAUGAAAAUUCAUGAGCUAGAGCAUAAUCUUCGAGAGCAGAGGCAAAGAAUUGAGAAAUUGGAACGUAAUAAGGUUUUGUGGAAAAGUAAUGCUGUUUCUGGGAAAAGAAGUCGAACCCUAGAGGGAGAAAUAGUGUCUCACAGAGACACGUCUAAAAAGAAGGAAUCCUGUUGCAGUAAAUAUUUAGGUAACGGUAUAGUUCAUUCUGAUGAUGUUCCUUCCACUAUGGCCACCAGAGGGGACGCGUUUCAUUUCUGAUCCAAAGGCACUCGCCAGGUUAUUUCUUACACUGCAGCAUCUAAAAUGGUUUUCGUUUUGGAAAAACUGUUACACUGAUCAUGAGCUGCCUUUUUCGUAUUGCAUCUGUGAAUCCAAUUCUGCAUUAUAAUCAUGGGCAUGAGUGCAUGGCUGCAGUCAGUAGCAUUUAUUAUUUAUUCCAGUAAACUAUUUGUACAAAACUAAGUAACUACAUUCGUUGGCUUUCAGAUAGUGAUCCAGAAGAGAAACUGUUUUUAGCCAUAAAAUGUGCGAACAAUCCGUAAAAUAUUGGUUUGUGCACGUCUUUCUUGCAAAUCUAAAGCUAGAAGAUAAGGUACAAGCCUGUUCCUCUUCAAAGCAUCGUUUAAAAGAGAAAGUUGAAGAGAUCAUGUAAUGUAGGUAUAACUUUUCAGGAAGUGAUCUGUCAGCAACAGCUGAUGUGAUGCUCUGGUAAGUGGUAAUGAAGCUGCAACGCAGCUGUUUUGCAACUUCCUUUUUAAAGGAAAAAUCCCCACAUUCUAAGAAUUGGUGCAAAAAUGCCCAAUUUGCAGACUCUGACACCUUUUCUAGCAGCUGGGAACGAUCUGGGCCAAUUCUUAAGAAUAAGUUAUUGCAAGAAAAAGAUAACUUAUAAAAGCUGAAGCAUAAUGCUCUAAUAUGAAAUGCAGGCAGCUCUUUAGCUGCAGUCUGAUUCGUGUGAGGGGGAGGCUGACUAACGGCUGAAGUCUGUGUUUUGUUAUUUGAAUACAGAGCUGUUGCUAAAGGAGAUUAAAAAGCUGAAGAAAGAGAACGAAAAGUUGUCAGCAGAAAAGAGAGCACUAAGGAAGGAAUUAGCUGGAUUAGACAAGGGAUUUUAAGCUGGUAUGAAGCCCCUCUUGGACCUCUGACCAAACCCUACUGUCCUCACCUCGGAGAGUAGAACUUAGCCACUGGGAAAGACUCCUGUGCUGCUACUGCAAUGCUGAGUCCCAGCUUGACCACUGUGAAGAACCUUCCUUUGAAGAAGAGGAUCUGUUUCCUCCUGAAACUCGUGUGCUUUGUCAGCUCUGUCCUAAUAUUUUGUGAAUUUUUUAUUUAUUAUGUGGUAAUUUUUCAAUGCCGAUGGCCGGAUGUGAAAGGUGGAGCUCACACAGGUAACGAAGAGACUUCAGCUUCAGUCCUGAAAGCCAUGAUUUUAGCUGAUACUCACCUGCUUGGUGAAAUCAAAGGACAUUGGCUGGAUAAACUGCGAAGGGAAUGGCAAAUGGAGAGAUCUUUCCAAACGGCUUUGUGGUUACUGCAGCCAGAUAUUGUUUUUAUUCUGGGAGAUGUCUUUGAUGAAGGAAAAUGGGACUCACCUCAGGCAUGGGCAGAUGAUGUCAGGAGAUUUCAGAAAAUGUUUAAGUAUCCGGUUACUACUGAGCUGGUGGUUAUCGCUGGAAAUCAUGACAUCGGGUUUCAUUAUGAAAUGACCACUUACAAGGUACAUCGAUUUGAAAAAGUCUUCAACUUUACUUCAGGAAAGCUAAUAACUCGAAAAGGAACAAACUUUGUCCUCGUGAACAGCGUGGCCAUGGAGGGCGAUGGCUGCAGCCUGUGCCGCACUGUGGAGGCAAAGCUCGUGGCGCUUUCUCACAGACUGAACUGCUCCCAGCAGGAACUGAACCAUCCCAAGAUGAGGUGCAGCGAUGCAGAAAAGCCUCCAGCUUCACAACCAAUCCUUCUACAGCAUUACCCUCUCUAUCGGAAAAGUGAUGCAGAGUGCAGUGGAGAAGAUGCUGCCCCUCCAGAGGAGAAGACCAUCCCAUUUAAAGAGAAGUAUGAUGUGCUGUCUCAGGAAGCAUCACAAAAGCUGCUGUGGUGGUUCCGUCCCCGCCUGAUCCUCAGCGGGCACACGCACAGCGCCUGCCGGGUGCUGCACGCGGGGGGGGUCCCGGAGAUCAGCGUCCCAUCAUUCAGUUGGAGGAAUAGAAACAACCCUAGUUUCAUCAUGGGCAGCAUAACACCAACCGACUUCUCCCUCCACAAAUGCUUCCUUCCACGUGAGAGCAGAGUCUUCGCUAUAUACUGGGCAGCAGGAGCCCUGCUCGUCAUCCUGGUGCUAGCUCAUUUUCAGCUUCUCACUCCACCGUUUUAUUUUGCUCAGCGUUUAAUCAGUAAGCAUAAAGCAGCAUGAAGAGCCAGACAUCUGCAUUCAGUCACUGAAAUACCAAAGCUGAGAACAGUCAAACAUCAGACUAUAUUCAUGCCAGCAAAUGACCUAAUUUGAUUGCUAGUCUGAAGGCAGGUUGCAUUUACACAUACCAUAGAAGUCCUAUACAGCUGAUAUGACUACUACAGGAUAAAUAAUUAACCGAAAUGAACGUUUCAUGCUGUACAAAAAUACUGUAUUCUACAAUCAAAUGAGUCCUUUUCCUGCUAUAAUUUUUGUAUCAAAUAUGUAUAUUAAAAGUGUAACUGUACAUUAUGUAAA